CUGAACUCGGGGGGCCACAGCGGCAUAUUGAAUAAAGUCAUGUUGUCACUUCACCGGAUAUCAGGGACAUAAACAGACUGACGAUGGCUGAAACCCAGCUAGGUGGAUUACUUGAUGAAUUCAUCUGCCCAAUUUGUCUGGAAACCCUGACUGACCCCGUCACCAUUCCCUGUGGUCACAAUUUCUGUCUGAAGUGCAUCACCGACUACUGGGAUCAUAGACAAGAGUUCUACUGUCCGCAGUGUAGACAGAACUUCAGGACAAGGCCUGCACUGCAAAGAAAUACUUUGCUGAAUGAAGUCAUCAAGAAAUUAAAAAAGACAGCACUCAGUGUUCCUCCAUCUAAGAAUUAUGCUGGCCCUGGAGACAUGGAGUGUGACUUCUGUGCUGGGAAGAAGUUCAGAGUGGUGAAGUCUUGUCUGACCUGCAUGGCCUCCUACUGUCAGACUCACCUGCAGCCUCACUAUGAAGUAGCGGCCCUGAAGCACCACAAACUGGUUGAUCCUGAUAGAAAUCUCAAGGAGAAACUCUGUGAGAAACAUCAGAAAAUUCUGGAGAUGUUUUGUAGAACUGACAAGACAUGCAUCUGCUUGAUGUGUGGAAUGACUGAACAUGAUGGUCAUGAAAAGGUUGAACUGGAGACUGAAAGAGAAGGAAAACAGAAACAGCUGGGGGCGACACAGAGUGAAAUUAGGAGGAGACUUGAAGAGAAAGAGAAGAAACUGAGGGAAACGAGGAGGACAGUGGAGGAGAUGAAGCUUUCUGUGGAAAGAGUGAUGAAGGAACACGAGAAGAGCUUCACUGAUCUGAUUCACUGCAUCGAAGAAGUGCACAAGAAACUGGCAGAGAGGAUCAGAGAACAAGAAAAGAGAGAAAUGGAGAAGGCUGAAGGAGUCAUGGAGCAAAUAAAGAAGGAGAUCAAGAAGCUGAAGAGGAGAGAAGCUGAGCUGAAGGAGCUUUCAGAGACCAAAGACCAUCUCCACUUCCUACAGACUUUCUCAUCUUGCUGUGUCCUUCCUGCAAAUAGAGACUCGAUAAGCUUCACUGUCAUGGCUGAUUUUUCUUCUGAGGGCCUGAGAAAGGAGCUGUCAGGUCUGAAAAAGAGUCUGGAGAAGAUCAGCCAGUGGGACAUCCUGGCAAGAACUCCAUCAGGUCGUGAAGCUCCAAUCUUCAUUCUACAACUUCCUGAACCUCGGAGCAGAGAGGAGUUUUUACAAUACUUCGGUCCCCUCACACUGGACUUCAACACGGCACACAGAGCCCUCCGUCUGUCUGAAGGGAACAAGAAGGUGACAUGGGAGGGGAUGUGGACUAGGUAUCCUGAUCAUCCUGACAGAUUUGAACAAGUUCUGUGCAGAGAGGCUCUGACUGGGACUUGCUGUUACUGGGAGGUGGAGUGCAGUGGAGAGCUCAUGAUGAUUGGAGUCGCAUAUAAAGGACUGAGCAGGAAAGGAAAGGGCAAAGAUAGCCUCAUUGGAUGCAACGAAAAGUCCUGGAGUUUGCAGUGGUCUCAUUCCAAUUACUCUGUGCAUCACAAUAAUAAGAGGACUGUAAUCAGUGCCCCCUACAGCCCCAGAAUAGGUGUGUUUCUGGACUGGCCUGCUGGCUCUCUGUCAUUUUAUAGCGUCUCACGCACAAUGACCCUCCUGCACAGGUUCAACACCUCCUUCACUGAGCCACUCUAUCCUGGGUUUUGGGUUGGUCUUCACUCCAGUGUAACAAUCAGCCAUCUGACACCAUGUGACCACUGAACAGUAAGUACCCUUCACCGGUCACUUGAUGUCCCCACAAGCGCAGGUCCUCUUUGAGUUUGUAGUUUAGGGUGAAAUUAAUUUUACAGGAUCGGUGGGAUGGAGGGGGCAGUACCUCUGUGAUUGAAUUUGCGAAUGAGAAUGUGGAUGGGGGGGUGUCUAUUAUUAUUGGGUUUGAGUAGCGAAUAAGGUGUGUGUGUCAAAGUGAGGGGCGGAGACACCUUAGUCCUGCAAAUACCAGUCUGAUCAGCAGGAGUCACUGUUGAUUCACAGCCACAUGUCAUUCAGGCUGACACCCCAACAACUACUGAGACCCCCAAGUGUCACUUAAUGUCACCUGUUAAGUAGGACAGGCAUGUGGUCCUGCUGGAUCAGCACAACUGAAAGGCGCUAUACAGACUCAGUAUCGAGAGCUCUUGAAUAGUGACUAUAUGUAGGAGCAGAGAGUGACAGAUGGGACUGGAGUGUUGUCCACUCACCAGACAUUUUGUGACCCCCCAUUGGUCACUUAAAGGGUCCUUCACUUCAGAAUGAAUUCACUGUGAAUGUCUGAAGACGAGGACUCACCGGUCAGUCAGAUGUCAGCCAUACUGACAGAGUUUGGUGUUUUAGUUGAUGUCACAUUAAACUUUAAACUG